AUGCCUCGAAUCGGAGUAAGAACCCUAACCCCCUUUCUUCUUCACUCAAAACCCUACAUCAAAAUCCAAAUUCACAUCCCAAAUUCACCAAAAUUUGAGAUUCAAGAAAAGUUCCUCCAUUACGUGAAAAGACAGUGUAAAUUCGGAAAAUUCAACCUCUCCGAGGCUAGAUUUUUCUUCGAUAAGUUAAUUCAUACGGAGCCCAUACCUCCAACCGACACUUUCAAUCAUAUACUGGGUUCCAUUUCGAAGAAUGGAUGUUUUACCGACGUGUUUUUGCUUUAUCAUAAAAUGGCGGUUCUUCAAAUUUCACCCGACUUGUAUACUCUGAAUAUUUUGAUGAACUGUUGCUCGCGCUUGACUGAAAUGAGAUACGGGUGGUGUGUGUUUGGUGAAAUUAUCAAGAGGGGUUUUGAGAUAGACUCCGUUACUUUCGGUAUUCUGAUUCAGGGUUUGUGUUAUGGGGGUGAAGCCCUGCUUGCACUCCAAGUGUUUGAUAAAAUGUCUGAACAGGCUGCCCAAGCUAGAGAUUUCACUUAUGGGAUCUUGAUAAACGGGCUUUGCAAAGCCCAAAAAGUAAGUCUUGCUAUUCAGCUCCUAAAUAAAAAGCUCGAACCAAAUGUGCAAAUGCACAGCAUGAUUAUAGACGCGCUCUGCAAAGAAGAAAGAAUCGUCGAGGCCGUAAAUUUUUACGAAGAAAUGGUGGGGAAGUGUAUUUCACCAGAUGCUUAUACUUACUGCUCUUUGAUUAACGGGUUUUGCAGGCUGGGGAAAUUCGUAGAUGCAGUGACCUACUUCGAUCGAAUGAUUAGUGAAGGAAUAUCACCGGACGAAUACAAUUACAAUUCUUUAAUUCAUGGGUUUUGUCGGUUCAAUUUAUUCGAGGGAGCUAUAAAGGUCUUCAAUCACAUGAAACAACGCAAGGGUAUUUUUUCGCCCGGCGUUGUAACAUUUACAAUAAUGAUAGAUCAUUUAUGCAAACAGGGCAAGAUUGUCGAAGCCCGUGAGUUCUUUAAUCAAAUGAUCGAAAAUGGCAAAGAACCUGGAAUAGUGACAUAUAAUACGCUGAUUUACGGAUUGUGUUUAGCUGAUUGCAUGGAUGAAGCUGAAGAACUAUUUCAAUCGAUUGAAAUUAGAGGUAUUAAGCACGAUGUUAUUACAUAUAGUACACUUAUUCACGGGUAUUGCAAGAGACAGGGUGUGGACAAUGCCUUAGAAUUAUUUACGAAAAUGGUCGAGGAAGGAUUGAAGCCGACAAAUGCUACUUACAGUGCAAUAAUCGGAGGACUUUUUCAGGCGGGCAGGGUUAAAACUGCAAAGAAAUUCUUCGAAGAAAUGGAGAUUAAUGGGCUAUCUCCAGAUGGAGGUGUUUAUGCAGCUCUUCUUGAUGGUUUAUGCAAAAACGGGCUUGUCGAAGAGGCGUUGGAAUUUUAUGAAAAAGCCGAGAGAAAUGGAAUUAAGGCGAGUGUUGAACUUUACAGUAUUCUUGUGGAUGGAUUGUGUAGGGUUGGUAGAGUGGAGGAAGCUACGAAGAUGUUUCGUGAAAUUCGUGACAAGGGUUUGGUUCUUGAUGUUGUGGCUUAUAAUGUAAUGAUCAACGGUCUUUGUAAGAACGGGAAGAGUCGGGAGGCGGAUGAGUUGCUUGUUGAAAUGGAAGAGAAGGGUUGUUUUCCGGAUUCAAUCUCGUUCAAUACGGUUAUUUGGUGUUUUUUGAAGAAAGAUGAUACGGGAAAUGCAAUUAGGGUUUUGAAAGAUAUGCGCGCUAGAAAUUUAAAACCGAAUGAAGCGGUUGUUACGAUGAUUCUCCACCGUGUGGUGGAAGAUGAAGAUUUUAGAUCGGCGCUGGAUUCGCUUCCUAGUACUUGGUCGAAGGAUUUUGAAUCGCUGUAAGAAUUACAGUAGAUGACAACGUGACAGUGGAGAAGUGACACAGCUCCCACACAUUUCCUCCAUUUUUAAAACCUUCAAAACAC